AUGGAAAAAUCUACAGAUGCAAUUGCUCUUACCAUGAAUUCUUCAGAAAAGUUGGAGACAAUAUGUAUUUUUGGAACUGGAGAUUUUGGAAGAUCCCUGGGACUUAAAAUGCUCCAGUGCGGCUACUCUAUUAUUUAUGGAAGUCGAAACCCCCAGAAGUGCAAUCUGCUGCCCAGUGGUACAGAGAUCUUAAGCUAUUCUGAAGCAGCCAAAAAAUCUGACAUCAUAAUCAUAGCAAUCCACAGGGAGCAUUAUCAUUUUCUCACAGAACUAACUGAGGUUCUCAAUGGGAAAAUACUGGUGGACGUCAGUAACAAUGUCAGGACCAAUCAGUAUGCUGAAUCUAAUGCAGAGUACCUUGCUCAGUUAGUGCCAGGAGCCCAUGUGGUUAAAGCAUUUAACACUAUCUCAGCCUGGGCUCUCCAGUCAGGAGCAGUGGAUGCAAGUCGUCAGGUUUUUGUCUGCGGAAAUAACAGUAAAGCCAAGCAAAGAGUGAUAGCUAUUGUUCCUUCUCUUGGACUUACUCCGUUGGAUCAAGGAUCCCUCAAGGCAGCCAAAGAAAUUGAAAACUACCCCCUACAACUAUUUCCAAUGUGGAAGUUCCCCUUCUAUUUGUCUGCUGCUCUGUUUAUCUUCUUUUUUUUCUAUGGUGUUAUAAGAGACAUAAUCUACUUUUAUGUUUCUAAAAAGAAAGAUGUCACAUUUAGUUUGGCUUAUUCCAUACCAAGUCAUGUCUGUCCAAUAGUAGCCCUCAUCCUGCUUGGCUUGGUUUACCUGCCUGGUAUCAUUGCAGCCAUUUUGCAGCUGUAUCGGGGCACCAAAUACCAACGGUUCCCAAACUGGCUCGACCAUUGGAUGCUAUGCAGAAAGCAACUUGGCUUGAUCUCACUGGGGUUUGCCUGCCUCCAUGUUCUCUUCAUAGUUUCAACUCCUCUUCGUUACAUUGCACUAUGGCAUUUUAAAAACAUGACCAUUACUCAGGUAGCACUCAAAAAAGAAAGUCCAAUUAGUACAUAUAGAGCCUGGCUUAAUGAUUCAUAUUUGACUUUGGGGGUACUUGGAUUUUUCCUGUUUGUACUCCUAGGAAUCACAUCCUUGCCAUCAGUUAGCAAUCUAGUCAACUGGAGAGAGUUCCGAUUUAUCCAGUCUAAACUGGGUUAUCUCACCCUGGUCUUGUGCACAGCACACACCCUGGUGUAUGGCUGGAAGGGAUUCGUCUGUCCCGUGAUUCUUAGAUGGUAUCUUCCUUCAACCUACAUGAUAGCACUCAUCAUUCCUUGCACUGUUCUGGUCAUCAAGUGUAUCCUGAUCCUGCCUUGCAUAGACAGGACUCUUAACAGGAUCCGCCAGGGAUGGGACAGAAACUCCGAGUCCUCAAACCAUCAUUGA